AUAUAAACACCGAAUGGUUUUCACUCCGCCAAUGAAUAUUAUCAAAAUAAAUAUAAAUUCCACUUGGAACUCGGAAGAAGUACCCACAAUCUCUCACUUUCUGUUGUGUCAUUUCCAUUUCUACUUUUCUCUCACUACUCCAUCUACCGUCCUUCCCCUUUACUCGCCUGAACCCUAAUUCGACCUGCCGGAACCCAAAAACCACCGCUGAGUAGAUGAUUGAAGAAUAGGCUAGAGAUCAAAAGAAGCUGGAUUUCCUCGCCGAAUGGAGGGAGGUAGCAUCUCUAGACUUAAUUAUUCUGGGAUACACUCAUGGAUUAUGAUGACAAUGACUUUCAAAGCCAGAAUCUCCAUUUAGCCGGUGAAGGGAGUACCAAAUUUCCUCCAGUAUUAAGGCCAUAUGCUCUCCCCAAGUUUGAUUAUGAUGAAAGCCUUCAAGGUCAUUUAAGGUUUGAUAGUUUGGUUGAUACUGAAGUUUUCCUCGGCAUUGAAAGUAACGAAGAUAAUCAGUGGAUUGACGCAUAUUCCCGUGUAAGUAGUGGCAUAGAGUUCAAUUCAACUGAAGCUGAAACUUGCUCUAUAUCAAGGCAUAAUAAUGUUUGGUCUGAGGCAACUUCCUCGGAAUCUGUUGAAAUGCUGUUAAAAUCUGUUGGACAGGAGGAAUUUAUCCCUAGAGAAGCUGUUAUACAGGAAUCGGAUGCCUGUGAUGAACUUGCAUGCUUAGUCAACCAAAUGGAUCCCUGCCUGAAAGCUGAUGAGAAAAUUGAGUUUAAAGAUAACGUUGCUGAUACACAGUCACCUAGUUGUAUUCAUGAAGACUUGUCCGUAUCAAAAGAGGAUGUAGAAAUGGAGCAGUCUCUGGCUGGAGUUUCCCAAGGCUGUGAAGGCGAACCAUCAAUAGAUGGAAGUUUAAAUAAUAUAGAACCACCUGAUAUGCAUCGGCAUAUUGACUUACCUGAGUCAGGGGGGAUUCUCUUUACUGAUGGUAAAUAUGAUGAUACAAUCCAGAUGAAAGUUGAAACUCCCGCUGAUGCUUCUCUCCAUGAAAAAACUAACGAUAACUCAUCUGCGUCUGUGGCGACGGCUAAUAUGACCGAGGCAUCUACAGUGAAUAUCCCUUCUACUUGUGAAGUCUUAAAAAUUCAAAAUAUGCAAAAUCAAAUAGUUGGUAUCGGUGAUGACAACCAAAGUUCUUUACAAACACAAACUAGUAAGCAGGAUUUUGAGUCUUACGUGAAGAACAAAAAUUCUGAUGUUGACACUCAAACUUUAGAUGUCAGUGCGGUUGAGGGUGAAGCAAAUCAGUCUGAUAAUCCACUUUAUUUAAUCCAUAGGGAAGACACUUUGGAAGGUGAGAGUGUAGUUGAAGGCCUUGCGACUGGGAUAAGUACUUCAGAGAAAUCCUUGAACACUGUAUCUAAUGAUAUUUCUAACCUGCAGAAAACAGAAAGAGAAAGUGAAGAUGCAUGUUUUAGAGAUUUAUCCCAGAGAACUGCUAAUAUAGACACAUUAUUGAUUAAAGAUCCUGUGGCGGAUGAUCAAUCUGCACCAAAUACAAGCAACAUUCCAAAGAUUGCAAUAAAAGAUGAUUCCAGUUCUGAAGGGGAAGAUGCAUAUUUUAGAGAUUUAUCUCAAGAAAAUGCAAAUAAAGAUGCUUUUUUGAUUAAAGGUCCUUUGACAGAUGAUCAAUCUGCACCGAGUACAAGUGACACACCAAAGAUUGCCAUAGAAGAUGAUUCUAGUUAUGAGGGGCAUAAAGUUGAGGCUAGUAAUUCUGAUUGUGGAACUUGCCCUAAUUAUCAGCCGAAUAUGGUUACGAUUGAGAAGACACUUGGCGUGAGCAAUAUUUCCAAGGAAAAGGAGUUGUUAUUCAUUGCUAACCAGAUGGAUACAGAUGAUUUGUUAAGUAAGGCAGAUGCAUCUAUGUUUGCUGUGGUUGAUAAAAAGACUUUUGUAGUUGGCGAAGGAAAUAGUGAUAACAGAGCAAGUUUUUUCAGUUUCAAUACAGUGGUUUCUACUAAGCCUUGUAUUUUGGGAGAGACAACUCAAGUAUGUGAAAAUAACAAAUCUAACAAGCAGGGUGAGCAUAAAUUUUUUUGUCAAGAUAUUUCUGUCAGUGACCAAGGGAGUGAAAAGGCUUCUUUCGAUUCAAGCACAAUUCAUUGUGAUGUUGAUCAAUCCCAUCUUGCUAACGGGGGAGCUUGUUCCUCAUCUCUUGGUGCAUGUAGCAUGGAAGCCUCCACAGUUUCAGUUGAUGUCACGCCCAUCAAUAGUUCAGUUACAGAUCACCACGAGCUUAAAAGGAUGAAGCAUGUUGGCUCUGCUUCUGUUGAUGAAAAGGAAGACGUUAAAGCCCAAAUAGUUGAGGAAGCAGACAUUUCUCUUCCUGUUGGGUUUUCUAAACUGGAAGUUGAACCUUGUCCUGCUGCUGGAAACGUAAAUAAAAAAAAUUCUGACAAUACUGAACACAUACUAUGCGAGACAGACAACAGCUGUCUGCAUAAUUUGGAUAUUUGUGCUACUGAAAGUAUCGGUGAACCUCAAGAAAUACAAAGUGGUAUGGCUGAUCAUGAGUGCACAAAAGAGGCUACUGUGGUUGCUGAUCUAGGUGAAUCAAAUGAGAAACAGGGUGAUGAGGUUACUGUUUCUUUUAUUAAGGAUGAUAAGGAGGCAAUACAAGAGCAUCAUGACAAGCCAUACUCGAAAUUAUCAGGUUCCAUAUCGUCUUCUGUUCCGGAUCCUCACAAUGAGUUGCAUGAGACUGGAGGCUGUCCUGCCAAUCCUUCAUAUAAUAAGUGUGGACCAUCUGCUACCUUUGGUAGCCCUCUUGAAACUGAAAAGGGUGUGAGUAUUAAGCCUACUGCUAAUCUGAACACACCAGUUUUUGAGUUUGUGAAUAAGGAAGCAAGAAACACAUCGUCUUCUGAUCAUGAUCACAUGGGAAAUGAUGUAUCUAAAGAUGGGAGAAGCUUAGAUCCUGAUGUAGAUCUAGUGGCAAAUUCGUCCAAAAAAGACAUUACAGAUUUGACCCCAAUCGGAGAAAAAGCUGGUGAGAGGGGUCCUCUUGAAACUGAAAAGGGUGUGAAUAUUAAGCCUAUUGCUAAUCUGAACACACCAGUUUUUGAGUUCAUGAAUAAGGAUGCAAGAAACACAUCGUCUUCUGAUCAUGAUCACAAGGGAAAUGAUGUAUCUAAAGAUGGGAAAAGCGUAGCUCCUGAUGUAGGUCUAGUGGCAAAUUCGUCCAAAAAAGAUGUUACAGAUAUGACCCCAAUAGGAGCAAAAGCUGGUGUGAGGGGCUCCUUUCCUGUUAUUGCAGCCAACAAAGAAUCAGUGGUUGUAGCAGAAUCUCCGCCGGCUUCUGAUUUAGGUACUCCGAAACCGAAUGUAGCUAGACUUGUAUCUCAUGGAAGUCCACAAAUACCUGAUGGUGAUUUAGCACAGAGUGUUUCUAAAGGUACACCUGAACAUAAAACCAGGCGAACACCUAAUAAGACUGCUGGAAAGGAAUCGUCUAGAAAAGGAAGCAAAGGAAAGACUCCAGCAAAACGGUCAGAAAAAGGGGAUAGUUCAACAAGUGUACCUCUGAGCCCAUCCUCUGGUUUCCAGCUGAUGCAAUCCAACGAGGCACAUCAGUAUAGGAAAAUUGAUUCCAUCAGUACAAAGCCAUUUUCAGAUUUGAAUCCCUCUGCUUCUCCGUCUGUUAUGUUUCAACAGCCUUUUAUGGAUGUUCAACAAGUACAGCUGCGUGCACAGAUCUUUGUCUAUGGAGCUUUGAUUCAAGGCAUAGUACCUGAGGAGGCCUAUAUGUUGUCGGCUUUUGGCGGUGCAGAUGGUGGACGGAACUUUUGGGAGAAAGCCUGGUCUUCCUGCUUGGAAAGACAGCGGAUUCACAAGUCUCAUCCAAUUAACCCAGAAACACCACUGCAAUCACUAUCUGGUACUAGAACCCAUGAUUUGGCAGUUAAGCAAAGUGAGCCGCAGGGAAAGGGUAUCACUUCCCCUCUUGGCCUAGCCAGUAGCAAGGGCACUCCAACAAUUGUAAACCCUUUCAUUCCCCUGUCAUCUCCCCUUUGGAGUCUACCGUCUCCCUCACAGACACUUGUUUCAUUGCAUCCUAAUCAAACUCCACCACUGAGAAACUUCCUUGGGCAUAAUACAUCUAGGAUAUCCCAAUCCCCCCUUCGUGGACCAUGGAUUGCUUCUUCUACACCUGCACUUGAUAACAAUUCCUAUCUCUCUGCAUCACCUGUCACUGAUACAAUUAAGUCCAGUUCAAUCAAAGGAACUUCUGCACCUUCUUCCUCUAGCAUUAAGAAUGUCCCACCCAAUCUGCAAGCUUCUAAUGUAGGUCUACAAAAUGUAUUUCUGCAAACUACUCCUCUGUUUAAUACAAACAAUGUGACGGUAUCAGCUGCCCGGCAUUCUUGUGAUCCAAAGUCCAAAAAAAGGAAAAAGGUUACAACAGAGUCUGAGGAUCUUGGCCACAAGGCUAUUCAUAUGCAGUCCCAUCUAGUAUCAACUCCUGUUGUCAGCAACCAUAUAUCUCCUGCUAAUGCCACUGCAACCCCUGUUGUGAAUGUGCCAGUAACUACUGUUGAAAAAUCAGUUGAGUCUGUAUCUCCUCUAUCUCUUCCUGAUCGCCUCAAAAGUGGCUGGAAUGUUGAGAAGAGGAUUAUGUCAGACGAGUCUCUUACAAAAAUUGAGGAGGCAAGGAUAAAUGCAGAGGAAGCUUCUGCUCUUUCUGCUGCUGCGGUGAAUCAUAGCAUGGAGAUAUGGAAACAGUUGGAUAAGCAAAAAAAUUCUGGAUUGGCAUCAGAUAUUGAGGCCAAAUUAGCUUCUGCAGCAGUUGCAGCUGCAGCAGCUGCAGCUGUUGCAAAGGCAGCAGCUGCAGCUGCCAGUGUUGCGUCAAAUGCUGCACUGCAAGCAAAACUGAUGGCUGAUGAAGCAUUGAUCUUUUCUGGUCUUGAGAGUUCUUGCGGAACUUAUUUUUCGGAGGGUAUGAAUAACUUGGGAAAAGCAACCCCUGCUUCCAUCUUAAAGGGUGCAAGCGGAAUCAAUAGCUCUAGUUCUAUUAUCGGUGCUGCAAAGGAGGCUUCGAGAAGGAGAGUGGAAGCUGCUUCAUUUGCCAGAAAACGAGCUGAAAAUGUGGACGCUAUUGUCAAGGCUGCUGAGCUGGCAGCAGAAGCUGUUUCACAGGCUGGAAGGAUUGUUACCAUGGGUGACCCUUUGCCGUUAAGUCACUUGGUAGAAGCUGGUCCAGAGGGUUAUUGGAAAACACUCCAAGAGUCUUCUCAGCAAGUUGGGUUAUUGAAAGGCAUGAGCAGAGGUCCGAUGAAUGUUGACAAUCUAGACAGACCAGAAACCUCUCAAAUAUCUAACAGAGAUACCUCAUCUAUGGAAAUGGGGAAGCAUAUUGCUGCAAGUGAGGAGUCACCCUUUCAGAAGGGGUGUAAUGAGAUGUCACUGGACCCUAUCAGAUCAGUGGAUGAAAAUAGUUCAAAUGGAUCAAGGGCUCGCAGGGUUUCUAAUUUAGUGAAUCCCGUUGGCGUGCUUCCCGAAUCUGUGACUGAAAUGCAGGCUUCUUUAACUGAUGGUAAUGGACCCGGAAAUUUGGAGGAGAGUAACAUAAAAGAGGGCUCACAUGUAGAGGUUUUUAAAGAUGGAAAGGGAUUUAAAGCAGCAUGGUUCACAGCCAAUUUAUUAAGUUUGAAGGAUGGUAAAGCAUAUGUAUGCUACAACAGGCUUGUAGCUGAUGAAGGCGCAGGGCCUUUAAAGGAAUGGGUUUCACUUGAAGAUGAUGGAGAUAAGCCCCCUAGAAUACGUGCUGCUCAUUCUGUUACCAGUUUUCAUAAUGAAGGGACAAGGAAGAGACAAAGAGCAGCUAUGGUAGAUUAUUGGUCCAUUGGGGAUAAAGUUGAUGCUUGGAUACAAGAAAGUUGGCAAGAAGGAAUCAUUACAGAAAGGAGUAAGAAAGAUAGAACAUAUACUGUUCAAUUCCCAGCAAGUGGAGAAACAUCAGUUGUUGAAGCUUGGUAUCUCCGUCCUUCCCUCAUUUGGAAUGAUGGGAAAUGGGUUGAGUCUCCUAAUGUGGGAGCAAUUGACAGUCCCACCAAUGAGGGCGAUACACCGAGCGAAAAACGGACUAAAUUAGGUAGUCUUGAACAAGAACUGGUAAAAGGAAAAAACAAGACCUCAAAAGGCACUUUUGCUUCAGAAUCAGCUAAUCCCAGUGAAUUGAGGUUACUUAAUUUGUCUGAAGAUCAUAAAGUGUUCAACGCUGGUAAGAACAUCAAGAAUGAAAAGAACCCAGAUGCACACAGAUUGGCAAGGUCUGGUCUUCAAAAAGAAGGACCAAAAGUGAUCUUCGGAGUUCCUAAACAGGGGAGGAAAAAGAAAUUUAUGGAAGUAAGUAAACAUUAUGUUGCAGAGGGGACAAGUAGAAUUAAUGAUGGAAAUGAUUCCGAUAAGAUUGCGGAUUCUUUGAUACCACAUGCUUCAGGAUCACGCGGAUGGAAAAAUAGUUCAAUAAAAGGCACCAAAGAAAAAUUAGGAGCUGACUGCAAGCCCAUUUCUAAGUCUGGAAAGCCACAUAGCGUUAUGGGUAGAGUGAUCCCAUCAAAACAAAAACCUUUGUCAAACCCUCGGAACAAUGAUUGUACAAGUCGUACAGAAAGGACAAGGGAUUCUUCAAGUCAUGCCAACAGUGCAUCUCAGCGUGAAAAUCAGAUGGAAAGGGCAUCCUAUUCUGAAACCCCAGGAGCAAGACAAACCUCGAAUUCCUCACGAGCAUCUUCAACAGAUUCUCAUCCCACUAAAAAGCCACUUACAUCAAGAGCAAGUAAAGGAAAACAAGCCCAUGCUGAUGGAAGGUGGGGUAAAGUUGAAGUGGAAAAGGCUGUGAAAGGAAAUCUGGUGAAAUCAACCUCUGAAGAAGUUCUUGAGCCUCGUAGAUCGAAUCGUAAGAUCCAGCCAACUUCAAGACUAUUGGAAGGAAUCCAAAGUUCUUUAAUCAUCACAAAGACUUCUUCGGGUCCACAUGAAAAAGGCCACAAAAACCAGAACCGGAAUACUCCUAGGGGAUAAUAACCAUGGUUGAAUGAAGGAUUUGCAAUGGUCAGAGUUAGUUGAAAGACCAAGUGCGGUGGGAUGAUUCACAUACUCUGCAUAAAUUUGUAUAUUAUAUAUAAUAGGGGACAUAGCAAUGGGAAUUCUUGCUUUUUUUUUGGUUUAGUCAGACUAGUCAGAGUAGUUGUUCAUAUAUGGAAUUUAUCCAUGUUGACUUAUUUAUAGAAGUUUGCUGAUAUAUCAAUUGGUAACAUAAUACUUCUCCUUGGAUAUUAACUUAACUGGUACAACGAUUUUUGCUCCUAUUUUUCA